UAAAACUCACGCCUUGAUGUUCGUCUCCUUAGGAUUUAAUUCUGUGAAUGAAUAAGCAAGAGUAACGACCCUGGGUCAUUUGUCACGGUGAAGUAUUUAAGUCUAAAGGGCACAUAUGUCUGCUGCCACAAUCUCCUGGUGUUGAGAAGAGGACGGGGGUUGUCUCCCACAGUCAGAUCCCUCUGAGUGGUUGUUUAGUUAUCCAAGAGGAUAACCUCUUCAGCAUGGAGGAAUCCCUCAACAGCACCGCCGACCCAGCCUGUUUCCAAGAGCCUCCUCUGGCUAUGGACAUGAUAAAACAGCUAGAUGUGUUUGGAACGUGUCUCUAUGCUGUUCUCACCUUCAUGUCCUGUGUGUCCCUGCUGCUGUACCUGGAGUGGUGCGUGUUUAUUUAUAAAAAGAUGCCCUAUCCCAAAAAGACGACUCUAAUCUGGAUAAGUGGGGCUUCACCAAUUAUUGCCACCAUGGCCUGCUUUGGGAUGUGGAUUCCUCGGGCAGUCAUGUUUACAGACAUGGUGUCAAACUGUUAUUUUGCAGUUGUAGUUUACAAGGUCUUGGUGCUGUUGAUUGAGGAAUUGGGUGGAAGCAGCAUUUUCCUGCUCCGGUUUUCGGAAAAAACCUUUCGGAUCAACACGGGACCGUGCUGCUGUUGCUGCCCCUGUUUACCCCGUGUCCCGGUAACACGACGGCUGCUAUUCCUGCUGAAGCUGGGUGCUCUGCAGUAUGCCAUACUAAAAACAGCUCUCUCUGUUCUCGCUGUAGUACUGUGGACGAAUGGAAACUUUGACCUUUCUGAUCUGGAGAUCACUGGAGCAGCCAUUUGGCUCAACCCAUUCAUUGGUGUCCUCACCAUUAUCUCCCUUUGGCCUGUUGCCAUCGUCUUCAUGAAUACCAACAGCUUGCUGCGCAGCCUCAGCAUUGUACCCAAGUAUGCCAUGUACCAACUAGUACUUGUACUGAGUCAGCUGCAGACAUCAAUCAUCAACAUCCUGGCCUUAGAUGGAACCAUCGCCUGCGUUCCUCCUCUCUCUUCUCAGGCUCGUGGAUCCAUGUUAAGUCAGCAGAUCAUGAUCGUGGAGAUGUUCAUCAUCAGUUUGGUCUCUCGGUGUUUGUACCGCCGCACAUAUGACACGGUUCCCUUUGAGUCACAUGAUGACGAGCAGAAAAGCAAGGCUGUCCUGCAGGCUACUCUGGUGGAGCACGAUGUUUAAAAAAAGACAGAAAACAGAGACUCUCUGUGACAAAAUUACAUAAGUCAUUAUAUUUAUGGGUUAUCCACUCUGGAACAAAAACAGAUGUUUACACACUUUAUUCUAGGUAUUGGUGUUGAUUAAUAAAAUGUCAAGCUAAUACAUCUGAA